AAGCCAUGCGCGUGUGCACGAAUUAUGUUCUGCGAGUGUUCGCUACUGAGAAAGAAAACUGUAUUUAAGCUCCGAAGCUGCCCUCUGCGAACAUCACUGGAGUACAUUCUUCGACUGAAAGACUUGAAACUACCAUGAAGAUCACGAUUUUCCUGUUCGUCUUCGCCUUGGCGAUUGGUGUUGCCUUGGCUGGUGGCUAUCACGGCGGCUACGGUGGCGGUCACAGAGGAUACGGCGGCGGUCACAAGGGAGGCUAUCACAUGGGCCAUGGUGGAUAUGGCAGAAAGUCUCACGGCUACGGACACGGACACGGAGAAUACGGAGGCGGAAAGCACUACCGAGGAAUGGGAUACGGCAAGCACUAUGGAUGAAAAGGCUAAGGCAAACUCCUGAAGAAUCGGGAAGCCAUAUUUGUGUGAUUGUGUGCUACGUGCCUCAAUAAAGUUGUGUUAC